AUGUAUGGGCCUCCAGUGGAUCUAUCAUUUAAAGCUAUCAGCCAUGUUUCAGGAGCACUUUCACAGGUGCCCCGAAGUGGCGUGCGGCCUUUAAACACAAACUCGAGGAGGAAGUACCUGAGCCGCUCUUUUCGCCUCAGUAACAACAACAUCACAGACCUCAGUGACCUCCAAAACACGCUCAGCCAAUUUCUGGCUCAGCCAUCGAAGCUUGGCUGGCUGGACCUGUCCUUCAACAAGCUCACAUGCAUAGACCCGGUUUUGUGUGAGCUGCGUGAACUGUGUGUGUUGUACCUUCAUGGCAACGGCAUCUGGAACCUGGCAGAGGUAGACAAGCUGGGAGAGCUGCAGUAUCUACACACUAUCACGCUACAUGGAAAUAUCAUCGAAACCUGCAAAGGCUACAGGAAUCACGUGAUUUCUGCCUUGCCUCAGUUGAAGACAAUGGACUUCAGUGCUGUGACACCCGAGGAGCGAGUCUUGGCAAAUGUUUGGCGUCACCGCAAGAACCGUGGCAGAAACACCAAGGAGAGUCUGCAGUGA